AAAUAAUGAUCGAGUGCAUGUUGUUGGCGUUAAUUGCGCAAUGUGUGUUCAACACUGUAUUAUUUUGACGGCAUUUUUGACAUCCUUUAUGUCCUACGCUUCUUCUGUAUACAAGCAUUGCGUUGUCAACAAGCCUCCAAAACAGAACAACCACCUAUUUUAUAAAAGGAGAAAUAAAAUGAGUGAAAAGUGUCGUCUUUGCUUACAAAGCUCGAAUUCUGUAUUCGCUACAUCGAUUCACGACGGACAGUUUCGUGCCAAAUUGGAAUACGUUUUUCAGUUUCCGAUUGCUCCAGAUGAAACAUUACCGAAACAGGUCUGCCAGCAGUGUCUUUCGGCGGUUUCGGAUUUUCACGAUUACAGCCAACAAGUGCUCGCAAACCAGGAACAGCUUGCUGUACAGUCAAAAGAGAAGGGUAGGAGGUACGAUGCGGUAAAAACGGAACCUACAUACGAACCUUCGUACCAGCGCUCCAACGUACGUGACACAAUAGAUUCGCAAAGUGGUAUUCUGAUUAAACAUGAACCAGUUGAGAAAGGUAAAAACCACUGCGACGACCUUGAUGGAAGUGAACCCUUUGAGAUGGUUAAGAUUGAGGUUCCCAACGAUGAUGAGUUUUACGACGACGAAAUAGAAGCUUCGUUUGAAACAGACACUCCAGCGAAAGUGAAACGGAAAUCAGCUAGAAAAGCUAAACCGGUACUACAAGAUGAAGUGGACAGCGAGGAACUGAGCUCCGAUGACGGUGAUAAAGAUGAGGAUUUCAUACCGAAAGUGGAAUCGCUUGACGGUAAGGUUACAAAACGUCGUCGAAAGAUACUAAAAGGUGGUAAACAUGCAAAAAAAGAUGGAGAAGGUACGGCAAAAGACGAAGAUCAGAGCGAAAAGUCGGACGGCGAAGACUUGGAGAAGCAGACCGAAGAUAACAGGCGUAUAAUGGAAUUUUUCAAGUUUGAAUGUGAACUCUGCUCGAAGACACUAGAGAACUUGGCUUGCCUGCAAGUUCACUAUAGGCGACACCACGGCACGAAGGGCUACAUCCGUUGCUGUGACAAAGUGUUUUAUCGUCGUUUUCAGCUGCUUGAUCACAUUGCGGCGCACGAGGGAACGAUCAAGUGUGCAAUCUGCCAGAAAAGCUACAAAAGCAGUCGGUAUCUUGGAUUGCACAUGAUGAAAAGUCACAGUCGCGAAGAGGACCGUCCGUUCAAAUGUGACAAAUGCCACCAAUCGUUCCACAAAGAGCAUCUCCUCAAGGCCCAUCAAGCGAAUCAUCUAUCAGAAAAGUGUCCAAUUUGUGAGAAGGUCGUAUCAUCCAAGUACGCCCUCAAGACACACGUUUCGCGCAUGCAUGGAAGCGAUCGAAACCAAAUAUGCGACGUAUGUGGUAAAGAGUUUCGCACGAAACCAGCCAUGGAGCGGCACAUUAACGAACAUCUGGGGGUCGACGUUGUGCAGAAAGUCCAGUGCCAUGUGUGCCAGCGAUGGUUUCACGGGAAGUAUAAUCUCAGGAAGCACAUACGAUUCAUGCAUACUGAAGACGGACAGGUGUUUCGAUGUGACAUUUGUCAGCACGAAAGCCCCAACAGCCGUGCCCUGUUGGAUCACAAGAAACGGGUGCACGUGGAGGAACGGUUCGAGUGCGAGUUCUGUGGCAAACGAUUCAAGCGCAAACUUUACCUACGGGAACAUAUUGCUUCUCAUACCGGCAAACCGUUGUACUCGUGCGAGGUGUGCGGUGCUACAUUCAACUCGAACGCGAAUUGUUAUAACCACCGGAAAAGUAAACACCCCGUUGAAUGGGAAGCCCGGAAGCAAGCGUAUCUGGAUGCGCAACGAAAAUCUCCAAGUAGUGAUAAGAAACCCAACUCUCUGUAGGCGAUAAGAAAUAACUGUUUCGUACAAUAAAUAUA